AUGCGGAGAGAGGCGGAAAGAAGCGGAGAGGUCGCGAGAAACGGAGAGGCGGAGAGAGGUGGAGAGAAGCGACGAGGCGGCGAGAGGAGGAGAGACGCGGAGAGAGGCGGUGAGAAGAGGAGAGGUGGCGAGAAGGGGAGAGAGGUGGAGAGAAGCGACGAGGCGGCGAGAGGAGGAGAGACGCGGAGAGAGGCGGUGAGAAGAGGAGAGGUGGCGAGAAGGGGAGAGAGGUGGAGAGAAGCGGAGAGGCGGAGAGACGGAGAGGAUGAUAGAGAAGCUUCGGUGGUUUCCGUCGUUGAUUUCACCGGAGGGAACACAACGAAGCAGACACAAUCGCCAUGUUCUUCGCCGUUGAAGAGAGAGGCGGAGAGACCAAAAAGAUUUUAG